AUGCCUGAUUCUACCAGCCGAAGCGUAGAGGAGCUUCGCAAGGACUACGCGAAGCUUCUGGACCCACAGGAACCACUGGACAGCCGCAUGCGAGAGCUUUACCGGCUCAAGGAAAAUUGUCUCAAGACCGUAGCUGGUGUAACAGUAAUCCUGGAGGCGAUAGACACCACCGACUCAGUCUUGCUGCAGCACGAACUAGCCUACAACGCUGGCCAGAGCGGCCUAGAGGAGGCCGUGCCAGAGCUGGAGCGCAUUCUGCGCACUGUUAGCUACGAUGUCGUGACGCGGCAUGAGGCGGCUGAGGCGCUCGGCGCCAUCGGCUCGUCGCUCGCGCUGCAGGUGCUCGAGGCGCACAGCGACCCCACCACAGAGCCAGAGGCGCCGAUUCGUGAGACCUGCGAGCUCGCACUGGCCCGAAUCGAGCGGAAAGAAGCGAAGGGUAGCGCUGCUGUGGCCCCUCCGAGCGGGUGCGAAUUCGUAUCUGUGGAUCCGUCGCCGGCGUUUAGCGCGCUGGACUCCAGCACUGACGAGCCGGUGCCGCAGACAGUAGAGGAGCUAGAGGCGGUGCUGCUGGAUACGUCAGGGCGCACACGGUUGUUCCGCCGCUACAUGGCCAUGUUCACCUUGCGCAACUUGGCGACGGAGGCGGCGGUCGCCGCGCUCUGUCGCGGUCUUCGCGAGGAUACUGUUUCACCACUGUUCCGGCACGAGGUGGCUUUUGUCCUCGGACAGCUCGAACAUCCGAGCAGCCAGCCAGCUCUGAUUGCAGCCCUCAAGGACGAGGAGGAGGCAGCGAUGGUGCGGCACGAGGCCGCGGAGGCGCUCGGCGCGAUCGCCGAUCCAGCGACGCUGCCAGUGUUGGAGAGCUACGCAACCCACCACGAGCCGAUCGUCCGGGACAGCUGCGUGGUGGCGCUCGAGAUGCACAAGUACUGGACAAACUUCAACACCCUCGCUCAUCAUCAGCAGCAGCAGCAGGAGCAAGAGGCGUAA